AAGUUCACAUAUACAUGACUAUUACAGUAAAGUAUUGUUACAGAGGAUGACUAUUAUAAUUUAUUGUCAAAGGACAGCCCGGUGCACUAAAGCUCCCGCUAUGCGCAGGAUCCGGGAAGAGCCCGACCACAAGGGUCUAUUGUACGCAAACUUGGAGUUUCAUAAUUGGUCAAUAGUUUUGUAUUAUUCUAUUGAAGUCUGACAAUUACUUUUAAUAUAGUUUAAUGUACAGCUUGUAGAAUACUACUUGCAUUACUUUGAAAUUUCAGAAGUUUAUUUCCAUAUGUACAGCCGCUAAUGAUGUGUGUAUAUUUGACACGUUCAAUGCAAACUUCCAUAUAUAUACUCUCUAAUACACUGCUAAUUAGCCACAUAUUAUCAAAAUUUGUUAGUUAGGAGCUAUUAAAUGCUGAUUAGUGACGAAGUUUAUAGCUAAUUCCAUUUUUCUUGGUAGCGAUACCUUCACCAUCACCUCUAAUCCACCCAAAAUACCAAAAGAAGUUGUGUACAAAAACAAAAAAUGUAUAGAGUUGCAAGUGCAUCAGAGUACUUGGUGGUGACAGGGCUAGGGAUCAAUGAUAUAAAUAUAACAAAGAAAGCAUGGAUACUUCCAGGGCAAUCAUGGACAAAGUUUGAUGUUUCACCUGUGAAUUACACAUUUGAAGUCCAAGCUAUGAGUGCUGAAAAGCUCCCUUUUCUUCUUCCAGCUGUUUUCACAGUUGGUCCUAGAGUUGAUGAUGAAGCCAGCCUAUUGAAGUAUGCAAAACUCAUCUCUCCACAUGACAAAUACUCAAACCAUGUCAAAGAUCUUGUUCAAGGUAUCAUUGAAGGAGAAACUAGAGUUCUUGCUGCAUCAAUGACAAUGGAAGAGAUAUUCAAAGGAACCAAAGAGUUCAAACAAGAAGUAUUCCAGAAAGUCCAACUCGAACUAAACCAAUUCGGGCUUUUAAUCUACAAUGCAAACGUCAAACAACUCGUUGAUGUUCAAGGACACGAGUACUUCUCCUACUUGGGUCAAAAGACUCAAAUGGAAGCAGCAAACCAAGCUAAAAUAGACGUUGCGGAAGCCAGAAUGAAAGGAGAGAUUGGAUCGAAGCUAAGGUCAGGACAAACACUACAGAACGCAGCUAAGAUCGAUGCAGAAACGAGGAUUAUAUCGACACAAAGGGAAGGAGAAGGGAAGAAAGAGGAGAUAAAAGUGAAGACAGAAGUGAAGAUAUUUGAAAACCAUAGAGAAGCAGAAGUUGCUGAAGCAAAUGCAGUGUUGGCAAAGAAGAAAGCAGGGUGGGCUAAAGAAGCACAAGUUGCAGAAGUGGAGGCAGAGAAAGCAGUGGCUUUGAGAGAUGCUGAGUUACAAAAGGAAGUAGAGAGGAUGAAUGCUUUGGCCAUGACAGAGAAACUUAAGGCUGAGUUCUUGAGCAAAGCUAGUGUUGAGUAUGAAACUAAGGUGCAAGAAGCAAAUUGGGAGCUCUACAAGAAACAAAAAGAGGCAGAAGCAUUUCUAUUCGAAAAGGAGAAAGAAGCAGAAGCACAGAAAGCAACUGCAGAGGCUGAUUUCUACAGACGUAAACAGAUCAUCGAUGGAGAUUUAUAUGCCAAGAUGAAGGAAGCAGAAGGACUUAAAGCUCUAGCAGAAGCUCAAGGCACAUACUUGCACACUCUCUUAGAAGCUUUGGGUGGAAACUAUGGUGCUCUAAGGGAUUACUUAAUGAUCAGUGGUGGAAUGUUUCAAGAGCUUGCCAAGAUUAACGGUGAAGCUAUUCGAGGCCUACAACCCAAAAUCAGCAUUUGGACAAAUGGAGGUUCUGAGGCAAAUGCAGAAGGUGGUGGAAGUGCCCUAAAAGAAGUUGCUGGCAUCUACAAAACAUUGCCACCAUUGUUUAAGACUGUUCAUGAACAGACUGGAAUGAUGCCACCUACAUGGAUGGGCACCAUCACCAAUGACUCUAGUCAAUGAUUCUUAUCCUAAAGAAAUAAUGCAAUGAUCAAAAGGUCACACGUUUGUUAUUUUGUUAAAAUAAGAGAACCAAGGGAUUGGACCCCUGAUUAGUGCUCAGUCAGGUCAAGAGUUUGAUUCAAUUGUCGAACUUAAUAAAGUUCUACAGCUGCGGUUUGUUUACAUCUCUUUCUUACAUGUUGGGAUUAUGAAAUUAGGCAUCUUUAACCAGCUUUUUCGAUCAAAUUAUUUACUAGUUGAGCUCAGCAACAUCAAAUGGAUACCUACAUCUGAAGGCACCAGCACGGAGAACCUUUAGUCAAAUGAGAAAGACAGAGGAACAUUAAAUGAGACCUGGCAAACCAUUUCACUUCGUAGAGGUGAAGUGGGAAGAA